GGCAAGAUGACUAUGGUAAAUAGUUAUCCGGAGCGAAUGAACCUAUCCUUUUCGGGAUGUGGAUUUCUUUGUAUCUACCAUGCAGGAGUCGCUGCUGCUAUAAAGGAAUACGCACCAAAUCUCAUCCAAAGCAAAAUCUCCGGAGCAUCAGCAGGAGCUGUCAUAGCCGCUACCUUAGUCACAGAUGUCUGCGUUUCACAAGUAACUAGUACUAUCCUAAAGAUUGUGUCACAGGCACGUUCACGCGCCUUAGGCCCUCUGCAUCCUGAAUUUGAUCUUCUUGCUCUGACUCGCAUGGAGAUAGAGCGCUAUCUGCCUCCAGAUGCGCACAAAAGGUGCACUGACCGCCUACAGAUCUCUCUCACUCGAUGGAGAGACAGUAAAAAUGUAGUCGUGACGCAGUACGACUCUAACAAGGAGUUGGUUGAUGCGAUUAUCUGCAGCUGCUAUAUUCCCAUUUAUUGCGGCAUCAACCCGCCAACAUAUCGGGGCGAAGCCUAUAUUGAUGGUGGUUUCACCGAUAAUCAGCCAGUUUACGAUGAUCACACAGUGACAGUGAGCCCGUUCUGUGGUGAAUCAGAUAUCUGUCCGCCUGAUUGGGAUAGUGCAAGGUAG